GCUCCUACUGGCGCUACUACUACUUCAAGUGUAAGCAACUCGAUCGACCGGCACCGCACCAACCAACCAGCACCGCCACCGUCUCCUCCGAUCGAUAAAACCCCUCGCCCCCCGACCUCGGCCUCCAUUUCCAUCCCGCACAACACGCAGCUCCACUACCCCUACAUACCAAGCCGCGAGGCAAAAGGAGGAGAUCGAGAGAGAGAGAGAUGGAGGGUUACGACCGCGAGUUCUGGCAGUUCAGCGACCAGCUCAGGCUGCAGACGGCCGGCUUCUCCGGCCUCUCCCUCGGCGACUCCAUCUGGUCCCCCGCCGACAACGCACGCGCCCGCAACGCCGACUCGACCCUCGGCCUCUUCUCUCCCUCCCACGACGCACCCGCCAAGAUCAACGCCAACGACGGGCCCGGCCUCAUCGGCUCAGGCAAGCUCGCCUUCGGGGCCACCAAGGCCGACCGCUAUAACAACACCACCAAUAACCUCCCCGCCGGCGACGCCAAGGCGUACGGUUAUGGCGCCCCGGCCAAGCCCAACAGCGCCAACCUCAACAACAAUAACGCUAGCUUCGCGCUCAACAAGAUGAUGAUUGGCGGGAGCUACAACAACAACAGCAACAACCUGAACGGCGGCAGCGGGGAGGUGAAGAGCUACUUCAACAAGUCCAUCGGGAGGCCGGCCAGCAACAACAACGGCAGCAACUACGGCGGUCAAGGCUACGGCAAGAAUAAGGGAGCUCUGGACGGCGGCAAGAAGAAGCACGCCAAGAACAACGACAACAACAACAACCACGGCGCCGCCUCCGAGAAGAGGUUCAAGACGCUGCCGGCGUCCGAGGCGCUGCCGAGGAACGAGCCCAUCGGGGGGUACAUCUUCGUCUGCAACAACGACACCAUGGAGGAGAACCUCAAGAGGCAGCUCUUCGGGCUGCCGUCGAGAUACAGAGACUCGGUGAGGGCGAUCAGGCCAGGGCUGCCCCUCUUCCUCUACAACUACUCCACACACCAGCUCCACGGCAUCUUCGAGGCUGCGAGCUUCGGCGGAGCAAACAUCGACCCGGCGGCGUGGGAGGACAAGAAGUGCCACGGCGAGUCUCGCUUCCCUGCGCAGGUGAGGGUCGCGACAAGGAAGAUCUGCGACCCGCUGGAGGAGGAUGCUUUCCGACCCAUCCUGCACCACUACGACGGUCCAAAAUUCCGGCUGGAGCUCAGCAUCACCGAGGCUCUCUCCCUUCUUGACAUCUUUGAAGACAAGGACGAUGCCUGAGGCCGCCUCCUGGUGCUCAAUGCUCAGGGACUGUUGAGAAACAGGUCAAUAAGGGAGACAUAUAUACGUUAAUAUAAUCAAUUAAACAGUGAUAAGUGAGUGUUCCAUCUUGCGGGCUAAGAAAUUAUGCGCCCCGUUGUCUAUCAUGCGCGGUGAUGACUGCAGAGGAUCAGCCCUCAUUUCUGUAACUAAGCUAUUAUGACGGCUAUGUAUAAAUACAUAAAUAUUGAGACCUGAAUGAUGUUUCUCCUGUUGUA